AAGGAAGAAAAGCGACUGCUUCUCUCUUUCUCUCUCUCUCUCUUUCUGGCCUGAGUUUGUUUGAGAGAGAUAUCAGUACUCCCAAAGCCUCCAUUUUUAUUUUAUAUAGUAUGAAGUUCCAUCUCUCUCUUUCCAGAGGGUGAUUGCAAAAACACUUGCUGCAACGAGCAACCAAAGAGAGAUAAAAGGAGAGAAAGAGAAAGAAAGAGACGAGAGAAGGAGCGACAACACAAAGAGAGAGAAAAGAGGAGGAAUUCGAGAAGCUUUCAAUACCACAGAAGGGAAAACGAUGUCUGAGAGCUUUACUUCCUUUCACACUGUGCAACUCUAAGAGAUGAAUGACUCGAAAACUGAGAGAUGAAUAUUUGUAUUCUUCCAUUUGCUUGUCUGUGACUGAUCCGUAAUUCAGGAAUUGAGAAGAGCCUGAAGAAAGCAAAGAAAGAGAUGAUGAAGCAGAAGAUUGUGAUAUGGGACUAGCAACACCACCAAUUUUCUCCCACCCAAAAACCCACCACUCAAUUUCAAUCCCAGAAAAGUCCAAUUCUAUGUCCCAAGACUACCACCACGGCAUCUUCAGCUUCUCCAAUGGGUUUGACAGAUCGGCCGUGUCACACCAAGAGCAACAACAACAACAACAACAUCAUCAACACCACAUAGCCCAGCAGAUCCGCAGGGACAAGCUGAGAGUGCAGCAAGGCUUCGAACCGCCACCACCACAACUGGUGGGGAUAGAUGAAGAAGAAUCCGGAGGCCUACCCGCGUAUGAGACAGCCGGGAUGUUAUCAGAGAUGUUCAAUUUCCCUCACGGGGGUGCCACAUCAGCAGACUUGUUGGACCAGCCGAUGGCACCCAACUAUCGUUCCCCGCGGCCGCACCCGGCGGUGGUGACGAAUGAGUGGUACGGAAACAGGCAAGGGAUGGUGGUGGGGUUGGGGCCGUUGGGAGAUGCAAAGAAUCAGAAUAGUGUGAAUAGCCGUGACAGUCUUCAUCAUCACCACCAUCAUCAUCAUCAGAUUUCAAGCAUUAAUGCUGCGGACUCAGCGGCUGCCAUGCAGCUUUUCUUAAUGAAUCCACAGCCAAGAUCUCCCUCCCCUCCACCACCACCACCACCUCCUCCUCCUCCAACUUCUUCCACUCUACACAUGCUGCUUCCAAACCCAUCCACUUCUCUUCAAGGCUUCGCACCCUCGGGAGCCGCAGGAGGGGGGUUUGGUCAAUUCACUUGGGUAAAUUCCGACAGCGGCCACGAUCAAGGAGGAGCCGCCGCCGAAAUUGGAGGGGUUGUGGAGGGCCAAGGCCUUUCACUGUCUUUGUCGUCUUCCUUGCAACAUCUGGAAGCGGCUAAAGCGGAGGAAUUGCGGAUGGGGGAUGGCGGGAUAUUGUAUUACAACCAACCAGGUGGGGGGUCAUCGUCCGGUCAAUAUUACAAGAAUCCAUUGCAUUUUCAAGGAGUGGCGGCUCAUCAGAACCACCAGGUUCCGGUGGGGUUUGGGUCGUCAUUAGGCGUGGUGAACGUGCUGAGGAAUUCAAAGUAUGUUAAAGCCGCCCAAGAAUUAUUGGAAGAGUUUUGCAGCGUGGGUAGGGGUCAAUUCAAGAAGAACAAAUUUGGAAGGCACAACGCCAACAACCCUAGCUCCAAUCCAGGUAAUAGUGGCGCCGGUUCUUCAUCGACAUCCAAGGAUCUCCCUCCAUUGUCAGCAGCUGACAGGAUUGAGCAUCAGAGAAGGAAGGUCAAACUUCUUUCCAUGCUUGAUGAGGUGGAUCGAAGAUACAACCACUACUGUGAACAGAUGCAAAUGGUAGUGAACUCGUUCGAUCUGGUAAUGGGAUUUGGAUCGGCAGUGCCUUAUACUGCCCUUGCGCAGAAGGCAAUGUCUAGGCAUUUCCGGUGUUUAAAGGAUGCGAUAUCAGCACAAUUGAAGCACAGCUGCGAGCUUCUAGGAGAAAAAGAUGGUGCAGGGAGCUCAGGAAUAACCAAGGGAGAGACUCCGAGGCUUAAACUGCUAGAGCAAAGCCUAAGACAGCAAAGAGCCUUUCAUCAAAUGGGGAUGAUUGAGCAAGAAGCUUGGAGACCCCAACGAGGAUUGCCUGAACGUUCGGUCAACAUCCUCAGAGCCUGGCUUUUUGAGCAUUUUCUUCAUCCGUACCCAAGCGAUGCAGAUAAACAUCUGUUGGCACGACAGACUGGUUUAUCGAGAAAUCAGGUCUCAAACUGGUUCAUUAAUGCCAGGGUUCGAUUGUGGAAACCCAUGGUGGAAGAGAUGUACCAACAAGAAACGAAAGAAGAGGAUGGAACAGAGGAGAGAGAAGGAGAAAGGAACCCAAAUAACAGUGGCCUCGCACAAACUCCAACGCCCACAGCGUCAGCUGCCACACCAGCAUCAACGACAGGACCAGCAACAGCAACAACAACAACAGCAACUACUACGCCAACAGGCAAAAGAUCCGAUGUCAAUGCGUCCGAAAGCGACCCUUCACUUAUCGCAAUCAAUAGACAGUGCUUCUCGGAAAACCAAGCCAACUCCACCACCGCGACCUCUGAGGUGGCACCUCCUGCUUCCCAUUGCUUCCCGCCGGCCCAUGACAGCUCGGACAUGCACCAACACAGAUCAAUGGCUGCCGAUGACACGUGUCGCCGUGGCAGCGUUGUUGCAGCUGAUCACUUUGGGACCAUCUCUGGUAAUGCUGACAUCGGGUCCACGCUCAUUAGGUUUGGGACCACGGCUGGCGAUGUGUCACUCACUCUAGGGCUACGCCAUGCCGGAAACAUGCCCGAGAAAAGUUCUUCUUUCUCAGUUAGAGACUUCGGGGGAUGUUAAAGUCAUUCUAUAGUAGCUUAAAGAGAGAGAGAGAGAGAGAGAGAGAGA